UAGUGAGGACAGAGUGAGUAUUUCUUUCCUCCCCUCUCUGGUGAGAUCACUGCCUUCCUCUCCAUCUCAACAGUCCUUUCAGAAGAGCAGGCUCCUUCUUGUGUUCACAGGAGUCACCAUGGCCUGGUCCUCCAGCCUGAAGAGCGUCCUCACAGUCUUUGUCUUUACCACCUUGGCUGUCACCUCUGUGGAGAGUUACCAAUGUGCAGUACAACAAUGUGAAGGUACAACGUGUCCUGAAAGUGCAAGUGUUUGUGAAACCACUAAAGGCUGCUUCACUGAAAUACAGAGAUUUGACACACCGUCUUCUGCUACAAACCAGAUGUUUAAGCAAAAAGGUUGUUCUAGAGACCCAUGCAGUGAACUGGAAUUCUCAGCCACACUGGGGGAUCAACGGAGAUUUAGCUUUGUGAACCGUUGCUGCACAUCUGAUAACUGCAACGAAGGUGACUUAACACUAUCUCAAGAAGAAGCCAAUGGUGUUCAAUGUCUUGCCUUCUAUGAGGAGCCAGGCACUCAGGGCAUCCUAAGUGUCCUCAACUGCAUGGGAAAUGAGACGAACUGUGUUGCGGUUAUUGGCACAGCAGUGGGAAGCAGUCAUCCCUUCGCCUUUGUCAUGGCUGGAAUGGGCUGUGCAACAGAAAGCGUCUGCAACAAGAGUAUGACUGUUCUCAACAGCACAGAUAUCCUCACCUUCUGCUCAAGUGAGUUCGCUGUGUUUCCAACCAACUCAUCAGUUCCAGAUAGCACUGGCCUUCGACCUGCAUCCAUCUCAACAGUACCAAUGCUGAUUGUUCUCCUCCUGCUGAAAGUCUUGCUUUGACCAUUCAGGCUCAGGAGAUCCCACAGUUCUGCACACAUGUUUGGAGGGCAUCCUUCAAUGUGGGGAAAUGAAAAGCUGGUAAUUUUCAAUUUUACUGAAUUUCAAAAUUUGUGUGUGUGUGUACAUGUGUGUGUGUGCAUGUAUGCACAUGUGUGUGUGUGCAUGCAUGUUGCUGGUGGAGACCAGAAGAGGGUGUCAG